CAGAUUGUAAAAUCGAAAUCGAAAUCGAAAUCUACGUUUUCCCAAAACUUGUCCUUAAUCUCUCUUUCCCCCAGAUUUAGCCCGAAACCGUUACCCUUCUCUCUCUCUUCGCAUUUUCCCGGAAAAUUUUACCAUUUCCGCUUUGUAUAGUCAAUUGUUCUUCUUAAUCGACUUUUUUUCUCUCUUCGUCUCCGGAAAUUCUCUCCGAAUUGGAUUCGUCAAUUUGGGGGAAAUCCUUAGAUACAUUUAGUUGUCAGAUUCGUGAUUCCUUGAUUCUUGCUUCUUCCCGACUCCAUCAUUCUCUGGUUUCGAUAAUCGAGGAAGAAGAACGGAGACCUAUUUCCUCAGAUUUGUCUCCUUCCUCACUGGAUAUCUUCGUUGACCGGAAUCGAAUUCCACUAUGUGCUGACGAAGAUAAAGGAAGACGCUGUCUUGUUAUCUGGAUCGAGUCAAUCUGGUGAUUAAUGGGUUUUGUUUUAUUUCUCGGCAUGAUUCUCAGCUUUCAUGGCUUCCUUCUUGUCCAAUCACAACAAGAUCAACGGCAACCCCUAUUACAAUCACCACCUCCUCCGCUCUCUCCGUUUGUGCAAUCUCAACCUCCUCCUCUGACUCCGCCUCAAGUCAACACGCCUCCUCCUCCGUCGCAAGAAACCGUUAACAUUAUGAUUCCACCUACUUCUCCACCGCCACCAUUACCAUCACCUCCGCCUCCUCCUCCUCCACCACCACCACCGCCGCCGAUUUCAAAACACCCUCAUCCUCCUCCGCGUGCGCAAGCGUCUCCUCCGCAUUCUAAUAGAAACCAACCACCAAGACGGUUACGUCCCCCAUCUCCUCCUCCUCCUCCUCCUUCUCGGGUCUUCAAACAGUCAGAGAAAAGUGGAUUAAACACAGGGAAAACAGUGGGUCUUGUAUUCGCUGGGUUUGCAGCAAUGUUGCAGAUUUGCGUUGUUGCCUUCUUGGUUUUCAAAAGAAAGCAGCUUCUAAGGAUGACACAUACUUAUUGAAUUUGGGAGAGAAUUUUCAUCAACCGGGAACACACACACACACUUUUGAGACGAGGAUAAAGAAAGAGAAUU